GAAUGGGUAGGGCGAGGUGUGUUCUUAUGGUGGGGCUGCUAUGGAUGUUAGUUGCGAGCAUGGUGGUGGGUAACAAUGGCAAGACGGUGACGUAUGAUAGUAGAUCUUUUUUUAUUGAUGGAACCAGAGAUAUCUUAUUCGCAGGCUCCAUUCACUAUCCCCGUAUGCCUCCUGAGAUGUGGCCGGACGUCCUCAAAAGAGCUAAAGAGGGAGGUUUGAAUGUGAUCCAGACAUAUGUGUUCUGGAACAUUCAUGAACCUGUUCAAGGCCAAUUCAACUUCGAAGGCAACAAUGACUUGGUGAAAUUCAUCAAGAUGAUUGGGGACAUGGGUAUGUACGUCACACUCAGGGUUGGACCCUUCCUUGAGGCUGAAUGGAACUUUGGAGGAUUCCCGUACUGGUUAAAGGAAGUACCUAAGAUCGCCUUUCGUACCUACAACGAGCCAUUUAUGAAUCACAUGAAAAAGUUUGCGGAGAUGAUUGUAGAUAUGAUGAAAAAGGCGAAAUUAUUCGCACCCCAAGGAGGCCCCAUCAUUCUGGCUCAGAUUGAAAACGAGUACAGCAGCAUCGAGUCUGAUCGUCCAGCAGACAUAAAAAUUCAAAAAAAAUAUAUAAACUGGGCCGCAGAUAUGGCGAUGGGUCUGUACAACGAAAUUCCAUGGAUCAUGUGCAAGCAAAACGAAGCUCCCCCCAAAGUGAUUGACACCUGCAAUGGCAGACAAUGCGGCGACACUUUCCACGGCCCUAACGGCGUCAACAAGCCUAGUAUGUGGACUGAAAACUGGACGGCUCAGUACCGAACUUUCGGAGACCCUCCCGCCCAGAGAUCAGCUGAAAAUAUUGCGUAUUCUAUCAUUCGUUUCGCCGCCAACAAGAACGGCAGUUACCUAGGCUAUUACAUGUACUAUGGCGGAACCAAUUAUGGUAGAACCACUGCCUCCUUCGUCACCACUCGUUACUACGAUGAAGGCCCGCUUGAUGAAUUUGGGUUGUACAGAGACCCCAAGUGGAGUCACCUAAGAGAUUGCCACGCGGCUCUCAGAUUGUCCAAGAGGCCUUUGUUUUUGGGAACCCCAACUAUACAGAAGCUCCCAAAUAAUCAGGAAAUCAUUACUUUCGAGAAUCAAAACCUUAAACUCUGCGCCGCUUUCUUGACCAACAACAACACCACCCCUACCUCCAUUAAAUUCAGGGGCACACAAUACUACCUCCCCGGCUUCUCCACCUCCGUUCUCCCCGACUGCAAGACCGCGGUUUUCAAUUCCCAGAACAUUGUUUCACAGCACAACGCCAGACGCUUCGUACCUUCCAAGCUUGCGGGUAGAGAUGAUCUUAAAUGGGAGAUGUUCCAAGAAACCAUUCCCACUAUAGAUAACCUCCCCAUCAAAAACCUCAGACCAUUGGAGCUCUACACCUUGACCAAAGACACCUCGGAUUAUGCAUGGUACAGUACAAGGAUCGAAUUUAGCGAACGCGAUCUCUCCACCAGGGGCGACAUCCUUCCAGUUCUCGACGUCUACAGUAUGGGCCACGCCCUUGUUGCAUUUGUCAACGGGGAGUUCGUCGGCUCCAAACACGGGAACAACGACGACAAGGCUUUGUCGUUGAGGAAGCCUGUGGACCUUAAGCCCGGAAAUAAUGACAUUACACUCCUCGGCGUCUUAACCGGGUUUCCCAACAGCGGAGCCCUCAUGGAUAAGAGGUUUACGGGACCCAGAGACGUGACCAUCCAGGGAUUGAUGGCUGGAACCUUGGUUGUCACCUUCAACUCCUGGAGCCACUCCGUUGGCGUGUCAGGCGAGAAGCUCAAAUUAUUCACGGAAGAAGGGUCCCAGAAAGUGAAGUGGAAACCGGUGACUAAUGUCCACCCACCCGUCACCUGGUACAAAACAUACUUUGAUGCUCCGGAAGGGAACAACCCUGUAGCACUCAGAAUGGACAACAUGGCAAAGGGUAUGGUUUGGGUGAACGGGAAAAGCAUCGGGCGGUACUGGGUGGCGUUCCUUUCCCCACUGGGACAGCCAUCGCAAGGGGAGUAUCACAUUCCCAGGGCGUUCAUGAAACCCAAAAACAAUCUGAUGGUGGUGUUUGAGGAACAAGGGGGAGACCCCAGUAGCAUAGAAUUGGUGCUGGUGAACAGAGACACAAUCUGCAGUUCGGUAUCGGAUUACUAUCCAGGGAACGUGAAGUCGUGGGAAAGGAAGGGGGAGGAGUUGCGGCAGGUGGUAGAGGAUAUAAGACCGAGUGUGAGGCUGAAAUGCCCAGAAGACAAAGUGGUGAAGAAAAUAGAGUUUGCAAACUACGGGGAUCCGGACGGGGCUUGUGGGAACUUCAUUGUGGGUAACUGCAGCUUUCCGAACGCGAAUAAAAUCGUGGAGAAGGCUUGCUUGGGGAAGAGCCAGUGCAAAGUUCCGGUAGAAAAGAGUUUGUUCCAGGAGGGAAGCAAGGAUCUCUGCCCCAACCUAGUCCACAAGACUUUGGCUGUGCAAGCUAAAUGCGGACUACGUCACGCCAAGGACGACUAGACCCUACCUACAAUUCCACUCCUAAUUAAGCCACACACCAAGGACUAAAUAGAUUGUUUUGUUUUGUUUUGUUUUUAAAUAAAUAAAUAACUAAUUAAUAAAUAAAAUUGAGCUAAGCUAGUAGUGAUGUAGAUCCAGCGGCUUUGAAUUUUUUUUUAUUUUUUUAACAUAUAUAGAUUGUACUCUUUAAUUGGCAAUUAUAUAUAUUCAAGC